AUGUCGGUUCCGCCAGGCUCGUCGGAUCCUCUGGGGGACGUUCUCUCGCCACUCCCGCCAGAGGUUCUCGUCACCAUCAUCGAACAGCUCCAUCGCACCGACCUCGCAACCUGUUUGCGGGUCAAUUCGGUAUUCUGCUCCAUUGCGCUCCCACUCGUUUACCGUCACCUGCGUCUGAACGAGUUCGGCCCAUGGCCCUCGUUCGAUGACCAUUUUGACGAUCACGCUGUUCCUGGACCUCUGUCUACCGACAGGCCCAAGUUCCUCCGCCGCGGAGCGCUCGGCGAGGCCGUCCGGCGCCUUGACGUUCUCCCGCACAAGACCACGGUCUGCCGGUCCAGCACAUUUGACCAGAGUGGAUGGUGGCACGCCCUUCCACCUCUACCGCGCCUAGAGGUGGUACGUGUCUUCAUGAUGGCAACGUGGGCCGGUGGACGCGUAUUCCACACCAACGUCGAUCCCCGCGACGCAGAACGCAAGCCGGACAUGCCUUGUGCCGCCCUCACUCACAUACGGUCCCCUAUGCUCGUCAUUCGAGGUGUGACGCUCGCCCAGAGCACUGUUCCCCGACACGAGAUCCCGUGGCAGUUCUCAGAAGGUGUUCGUCACUUGGCGUGCGUCUUCCAGCCAGACCACCCAUACUUCCUCCCCCGCGACGCCUCCGAGCACGCUGCCCGCCGCCAGGCAAUGCAUUUCCGCUCACGUAUUCCAAACAUGGCAUCGCGCCUGACCGUUGUCUUCUGGCCGCCAGGCCCAACUAUCGCUUGGCGGUCAUCUGCUCAGACGCUCUCAUGGGAGCUCAUCUGGGCGUAUGCGAGCGCCCUCUUCUCGAGCCUCGCGGCGUGGGUUGCUCUUCGCCAGCCUCAGGCCCUCACACUCGUCAACGUUCGCGCCCUUCGACGUGUUGACGGCAGCAGUACGACGGAUGAAGCGCUGCGCGAGGUGGAUGCCGAGGUGGAAUCCUUCUUCCGCUCUGCGGUCGAAGAACGCUUUCCCGAUGAGGGGUUCCGCGAGAAGGUCUUGAGCGCGGUCAGGAUCAUCGAUAUGGACGAAUAUCUCGAGACGGACGACUGGCGCACCGUCUUUGAGCCUGGCGAGGUUGCACCGUGGAUGGGCGGCGGUGCCACGGUAGUGUACCCACCGUCUCGUAGCAGCAGCGGUGUCGACACGCCGUUGACCAGCACUCCUGGUACGCCAAGCACGACUGAUGGAUCUGUCCGGGCGCUGCCAAUGUUCCAGUUGACGGUGUCCGGGUAG